GAUAUUUAAUCCGUAAAUUAUUUUUUGACUAUUUGAUAAUUGAUACGGAGUAUCCCAAAACUCCCAAAGUGUACAAAAAAUAAAAUAAAAAUCAGUAGUUCAAACCAUAGGAGGAGAGAUACAGAGUAGAGCUUGCCAAUUUCCAUGACUACGCUCUGUACCAUCCUGUUUACUCUUCUGCUACUCUUUGUUUGCUGUAGUGCUAGACGUACAUAUCUAUUCCCUGGCAUAGGACAUAAGUCACCGAAGCAGCCUUUGCAGACUUCACGUCCAUUCAACCUUGCACAUCGAGGUUCUAAUGGAGAAUUUCCAGAGGAAACUGCAGCUGCAUAUCGGAGGUCUAUAAAAGAAGGUGCAGACUUCAUAGAAACAGAUAUCCUGUCUUCCAAAGAUGGUGUACUUGUAUGUCACCAUGAUGUAAUUUUAGAUAUUACUACAGAUAUUGCCGAGCACAAGGAGUUUGCAGGCCGCCAAAGGGCCUACGAUGUCCAAGGAUUUAAUAUAACUGGCUUUUUCAUUGUUGAUUUUACAUGGAAGGAACUUCAAACUUUAAGAGCUAAGCAGAGAUUCUCAUUCAGGGAUCAACAAUAUAAUGGAAAGUUUCCUAUUAUUACUUUUGAUGAGUACAUAUCCAUUGCUCUUGAUGCUUCCAGAGCUGUCGGGAUAUAUCCAGAGAUAAAAGAUCCCGUAUUCAUCAACGAACAUGUGAAGUGGCCAAACGGGAAGAGGUUUGAGGAUGUUUUUGUGGACACUUUGAAGAAAUAUGGUUACAGGGGUUCAUACUUAUCAAAACAUUGGCUAAAACAGCCUUGUUUCAUCCAAUCAUUUGCUCCAUCUUCACUUGUGUACAUAUCAAGUAAGACAGAUCUGCCCAAAAUCUUCUUGAUUGGUCACACAGCUUGGCAAACAGAAGAUACUAAACAGACUUUCUUGGAAGUUACUUCAGAUGCCUACUUUAACUACAUCAAAAAAUAUGUUGUUGGUAUUGGACCCGGGAAGGACACAGUGGUUCCGGCAGUAAACAAUCACCUGCAAGCCCCUACUGAUUUGGUUGUCAGAGCACAUGCUCACAGUCUUCAGGUGCAUCCUUAUACCUUUCGGAAUGAGUACCAAUACAUUCAUUUUGAGUUUCAUCAAGAUCCAUAUAUUGAAUUUGACUUCUGGAUAAACAAGAUGGGAGUGGAUGGACUCUUUACAGAUUUCACGGGAAGCCUUCAUGAUUUCCAAGAAUGGACGUCUCCUCUCUCUCCCGGUAAUGGUGAAAGACCAUGAUUAGCAACAUGAACAAAGCGCUGCAAAGUAAUGAUUUGCAUUCAGCAACCAUUCUUAUAGGAGAUUAUGUAUAGUAUUCUUUUUACUUAAUUUUUCCACAUCAACAUGAAAGAAAUGUAGUAAAUGUUGAGCCUGUAAAGAUAAUUCUCCAGAAAACUGUAAUAGAAAUCUGUUUUACAUUUGUAUCAGAGUCUUUAGUAGUGUCUCUUUGUCUCAGUCACAAAACUAAAGUACACUGUACACUGUGGAUUACCGAAACAUACGUGCAAUUUUCAUUUAAUAGCCACUGCUUGUCAGGACAUUUCCA